AUGUCGCUCGCAGCCGCAAACCUGGCGAGCCAUAUUCAGCAGAAUGGGCCUAUUCGGGUUCACCUUGGGGAAGUGGCCGGGAGCCUCCUUAUUUUUGCCGGAUUUUCCCAAGAAGAUGAUGCAGUUCACGACCCGGAUUAUAUCCCCCCCGACGACGAUGAAUAUGAUCCCUACGAAUAUGAUUCUGACCAUGAGUCAAUCGACCUUCCGUUGCAUGAAGAACAAACAGACUUGGAUAGCGACAGUCAUGCCCAGGACCACGAAGAUCAGUGGUAUCAAGAUUGGCUUUCCACGUUUGUUUCCCAGGAAGAUCUGCCGGGGGAGCCCAUUCGAGUUUCCGACGGAAGCCCAGAGCAAGAUGUGUUUAUACCCGUCCAUGACAACGUGCCAGGGAUGUACACACCCGAAGAUCUAUUGCACGUUCCUGGCCCAACUUGCGGGAAAGCAAAUACAUACAGUGGCCAUGGAAUCACCCUUGAAGAGAUGAGAGGUUGCCGAACAGCGCAAUGCUUGAUCCAUAACACGAUCCGUGAGAACUGGGAGCGUGACGGACUUGAACAAGACUGGGAACUUUCAGGAGAAUAUUUUCUUUCUGGCCUCAGCGAUGGGAUGCCGUCUCGUGACGAAGAUCCGCGAAGAGUAUUUCCAGUGAGAGGCGGAGUUGCCAGGCCAGAGUCCGAGAAUAUUCUUUUUGAUUCGCAAUCUCAUUUCGGGCACGUCAACACCACCGGUCUCAUGAACUGGCGGAAAGCAGAAUGUACCUUCGAAGAUUUUCACGGAUUCCCCCGCGACGCAGCUGUUAUCGCUGGACAGGAGCAGUUUUGGCUCCAUGAACCCGGGCAGGAGUAUCUCGUUGCGAAUCCACUCUACGUGCCGAAUCUGGUUCCUCUUCUUCUAGCGGCAAUCAAAGAAGAUGGAAAUUUUAAUCUUUCUUACGGCGCAUUUGACAUAGAUCAAGAAAGAGAACACCACGAAGAUCGCAGCCUGGAACAUCCAAAUGAUCCUUUGUUCUCUUUGUCGCAUGAUUUGCGGUUAUUGCUUCUUGAGUACCUCGGGUCUCACGACAUUGCGAAUCUAAGGCUAGCUUCAAGAGCAUUUCAUCAACUCCCUAUCUCCCUGUGGCACCGUCUCAUUCGAGAAGAAAUGCCCUGGGUAUGGGAGGCAUGGGAUGAAAAUGAGAACAACCAUUCACUUUCAUUGUGGACUUCCAUCACAGCAAAUGAGAUGCAAAUGCUAUGCAAACUACGGAAACAUUAUUUCAGCGUGCUUGGAGAUGGGUCACAAGAUGCUAUUCUCGAUGGGAAAAUCAUCGAUGAAAUGCUCUCUUGGCCACCGGCGAUACCAAGUCAAAUCAAACUCCCAAGAGCAAAGACAAACUGGUACGAGGUGUACUCUGGGAUAACUCGUAACUGGGACCAGUUGAAGGGACUGCAGAAUCGCAAGCGGAUCUGGAAGGAUGUGGAUGGGAUUAUUCGGCGCAUCCAAACGCAUGAGCAAUGA